CCAGACAAUUCUAAAGUGUACCUCUUUUCGGAUGUACUUAUUCAGAUUUUCCGAAUGGACCAGACUCGCCGUGCUCUUGUGCUCACUAGCGCUCAUUGUUCGUUUUAGUUGUUCACAAACAGCAGACGAUCCUAUGAUAUGUUUGUAUUUCCGCGUCCCGUUUACAGAGCACCGAAUCAUGUUAUGCAUCUCAAUAAAUUCUCCGAUAAAAAUCAGAGCUCAAGAACUCCUACCUUGACCCUUUACAGACAUCAAAGGCAAAAAUUAUGCAAAGCGAAAUUCUCGAGGCAGUCGAGCGAAACGGCACGACUUGGUCUCCUGCUGUGGCAGAGGCCUUUCGCCAGAUAUACGGCCGGAAACACCAAAUUUUGAAUCCGACAAAGUACCACGGAAUCGUCAAGGAAGAUAUCUCAUACGGACCUCACGAACGAAAUGUCUUGGACGUGUAUUCACCUACGGAAUCUUCUACAACCCCGCGACCUGUGAUAGUUUAUGUGCAUGGCGGUAAUUUGGUUGCUGGGGAUAAGGUCUGGUAUAAAGGAUCUCUAUAUGCCAAUGUGGGCAAUUACUUUGCGUCCCAUGGCAUAGUCGCCGUCAUAAUCAACUACCGUUUGGUGCCCGACGUUGCUUAUCCAGGGGGAGGGGAUGAUAUUCAGAUGGCUCGCGAAUGGGUCUACCACAAUAUCUCGAAGCAACAGUCUGGCAAUGGAGACCCUGAAAAGGUGGUCCUAGUCGGGUCAAGUGUAGGAGGUCUGCACAUCGCAACCAACAUCUAUCUUGCAGAUCACUCCAAUGUGAAUUCCAAGCCUGUAUUCCCUCCUAUCGCGGGAAUCGUUUACCUGUCCACCCCUUUUUCUUUCGAUACGACACCGGAAGAUAGGCAAACAGCUUUGAGAGCGUAUUAUGAAACAGAAGACGCUAAGGAGAUAUAUGAGUAUUCACCAGUCGGGUUGAUAGAGGCGUUAUCCGCAUCAUCUCUAGUUUUGGAUCCGAGAAAAUUCCCUUGCUUGAUUGUCUUAGCACAGUACGACCCGAAAGAAAUCCAAGAUUCAACCUUCUCGUUCAUAGAGGAAUAUCGCAGAAAAAGUCCGCAAGGAAUCUUACCAGAGUUCGUGGUCGUGGCUGGACACAACCAUAUUUCACAUGUUUGUUCAAUUGGAACAGAGGACGACGUGCUGGGGAGAUUACUGCGCGAGUUUGUUGGGAAAGUCUGUUCAAGAUUUACUUGGAAGUACAAAGGCAAAGAUUUGGACGCUUAGACGAAGCAGUGGUACUUACUGUAAUCUUGAUAUGGAUGUGUAUGAAUGGAUACCCGUUCAAGUUGAAGAGAAAGCGUUGCCUAACACCGAGUUCCCCUUCGACAAGCCUUUGCGCAAGGAGUUAAAUGUAGUCUUGGAAUUCCAAAGAGAUUUUAUUCACGA